UUGCGCCGUAAAGUGACUUCCACACUUGCAUCAGCUCAUAUGGUUUUGCGAAAGUGGAAGUCGAAUGAAUCUCAACUGGUUAGUGAAAAUGAUAUUUCUCCGCUUGAUUUGAAUAUUGGUGGCUUUGAACCGACUAAAACUUUAGGCCUUGGUUGGCAAUCACAUACUGACCAACUUUGUUUCCCUAUAGGAGGGCUAUUCUCAGGUAGAACAAAGCGUGAUAUGUUAUCUGUGAUUUCUCAGAUUUUUGAUCCACUAGGACUUCUAUCUCCCUGUGUAAUUAAGAUGAAAAUGCUUCUUCAACAGUUGUGGCUGCUCAAGCUGUCAUGGGAUGAGCAGUUGACGCCAGAAAUCAGCAAGAUGUGGGCUGAGAUAAUAGUCGAUUUACCUAAAUUAAAUACUCUACGUAUUCCACGUCGUGUUAUUUGUGACUCGCCUAGUUUGUUUGAAUUUCAUAUUUUCUCGGACGCUUCUGAGCGAGCAUAUGGCGCCUGUUUAUAUGUGCGUAGUGUUAAUGAUCAGGGUGAGGUUUUAAUUCAAUUAUUGAUGGCGAAAAGUCGUGUCGCGCCGCUUAAACCUAUAACAAUCCCAAGACUGGAACUUUGUGGUGCACUUGUUGGAGCUCGCCUUUACCAAAAGGUUGUAGCAUCGCUGAGACAACAGGCUAAGCGCACUUUCUUUUGGACAGAUUCGUCCAUCGUGUUAGGAUGGUUAAAGGUGUUACCUAGCAAGCUACAACCCUUUGUCAGAAAUAGGGUUGCUGAAAUAUUAGAGAAGACUGGAAAUUGCGAGUGGAGGCAUGUCCCAACAGAGUACAAUCCGGCAGACGCGGCUUCACGCGGAAUGCUUCCCGCCAAUUUUUUACAUCACAGCAUAUGGUUCCGCGGUCCUCACUUCUUAAAAAAGGAUGAGGCUACUUGGCCUGUUUUCAAAGCUACUCAGACACAAGAAGAAAAACGUGAACCGUUAACAGCUAUCCCCGACGUUUCACUUGUGGAUGAAAAUCCGGGUAGAUUAUUCAGGUGGCGUUUGAUACAACAAUCGGUUCAACAUUUCUGGAAAAAGUGGAGCUUAGAGUAUUUGCAUGAAAUUCAACAACGUGGCAAAUGGUUCACCAAUCGUGGAAAUCCGGUCCGUGAAGGCAUGAUUGUGGUAGUAUGCGAUGAUAACCUUCCACCUUUACAAUGGCGACUUGCGCGUGUACACCAUCUGCAUCCAGGUUCUGAUGGGAUUACGCGUGUUGUAACUCUCCAAAUUGGGAAAACAUAUUUGAAGCGACCAGUUAAUAAAAUUUGUCCACUUCCUAUAGAAUAA